AUGGCGACGGAUUUGGUGCCUGCAGAGGAGCUGCAGGUGCAGGAGCAGCCGGAUGUUCAAUGGCCGGAGGGCUUCGAGCCCAUGCAGCAGCAAGCCGAGGCCAUGGACCUCCUGGACGGUAUCUGCCAGGCCCUGGUGAGCCGGGGCUACUGCCUGCUGCAGCGGCCGGCGCCCCGGAAGGGCGCGGAGGCCCUGGAGAACGCGGAGAAGCUCCAGGACGUGGGCUGGCUGCGGGCCGAGACAGAGGUGGCCUACCUGGGCCUGGAGAACAUGACGCGGAUCAAGGAGCUGACCCUGCGAGAGCUAGAGCUCGAAGCGGGCCAGGCUGAGGCGAUCGAAGAGCCGUCCAAAGAGGCUGCAGAUGACGCCAAGUCGGAGUCGAGCUGGUUUGAUCCAGAUCUCUACGGCUCCGAGUCCGAGACAGAGCCGGUGAAGGAGGACCCGAAGAAGAGCCGGCGCGACGCGGCGCCGGACUUCGCGGCCCUGAAGGAGCUGAAUGCCCAUCUGGACGUCUUGGUGGACUUGCUGGCGUACAGCCCGGCGGCCUUCGGGGCGACCAAGCUGCAAGGCAAGACGGGCACCAUCCUCCGGGUGCCCCACACCGCGGCGGGCAUGAGUCUGGUGGGCAAGGCCGGGCCCAUGGACGAGCGGGACGUGCGCAUGCCCGAGGAGUUCAUGAUGUGGGUGGCGGGUCGCCGCCUCUGCCUCUUCUAUGAGGCCGAGGGCAAGGGCACGCUGGAGCUCAAGCCCAAGAGCUCCGAGCUGGGCCCGGCGAAGCUUCGUCUGCUGCCCGGCGCGGUGCUGCUCUUCCGGCAUGACAUGCUGGAGUACAGGUAUCUUCCGGACGACGACGACUGCCUGGCCUUACAGACCUGGCUCAUGGACAAGGCAGAGGAGCUGCACUUCCGGCAGCUGCCGAAGUGCCCAGGGGCGGACGGCUGCGACCGGAUCCACGUGAAGUCCAUGACGGAGCGGUUCCCCGCGGGAGUGGAGAACUGCGACAUGAGCUUCGCGCUCUUUACAGCAGGCUCCGACACGCUGCUGGAGCCCCCCAUCACGCGCUUUGACAAGGAUCUGUACUAUAGCCCAGAUCGGGACGCCCCACUGAAAGGCAAGGCGUAUAUCAUCCAUGGCUCCUUUGUGAACGAGGAACAGCUCAUAGGCUUCGACAACGACUUCUUCGGCAUCGACAUCGAGGAGGCGCAGGCCAUUGCGCCCAGCCAGCGCUGGGUGCUGGAGGUGGGCUACGAGGUGCUGUGGAAGGCGGGCUGGACGAAGCCCACGUUGCGGGGCCAGCGCAUUGGGAGCUACAUGGGGGACUCGGGCAGCGAGUGGAACAUGAUCCACCUGAAGCGGGACCGCCACUGGUUGACCAACAACAGCGGCUUUGUGACCUGCUCCCGACUCUCCCACACGCUGGGCCUCACGGGGCCCAACGUCACGGUGGACACCGCCUGCUCUGCCUCCCUGGUGGCGACCAAUGCGGCGGCCCACCAGAUGGUGAGGCGGAACGUGCGGAUUGGCGAGAAGAUCGCCCCGCUGAACGAGGACAACAUGAAGUACCAGGCGCAGCUGAAGUAUGCCGUCUGCAUGGGCGUCCUAGUGAUGCUUCACCCAGGCGCUUGGAUCGGGGAGUGCGCCGCCACGAUGCUCUCCUACAAGGGCCGCGCCUUUACCUUUGACGUAGGAGCUGAUGGCUUCAUCCGGGGCGAGGGCUGCUGCGCGGUGCACUUAGCCGCGGAGAACGACGGGGAGCGGGCCGCGGGCGAGCGGUCCUUGGCGAUCCUCAUGGGCAGCUGCGCCAACCAGGACGGCCGCAGCGCCUCCCUGACGGCGCCCCACGGCCCCUCGCAGCAGAUGUGCAUCCGCUCCUCCUUGGCCGAAGCGCGUCUGGAGCCCGGCGAGGUGCAGAUCGGGGAGUGCCACGGCACGGGGACGGCGCUGGGGGAUCCCAUCGAGAUCGGGGCCAUGAAGAGCGUGCAGUUCAACAAGCGGUCCAACCCCAUCCUGCACGCCUCCGCGAAGAGCAACGUGGGCCACGAGGAGGCGAACGCGGGCACCUGCGGCUUCAUCAAGGUGGUGCUGUUGCUGAAUGCGGCGGCUUCCACGCCGAACCCUCACCUCACAGCGCUGAACCCUCACCUGGAAGUGAGCAACUACCCGGUGAUGUUCACAAAUGAGCUGACGACCACCUCGCGGCGCGAGAUGUGCUCCGGGGUGUCCUCCUUUGGCUUUGGGGGCACCAACAGCCGGGCAGACAUGUGGGCGGACGUGGAACGGGGGCCCUACAAGGACGGCAGUCGGAUGAACCUGAGCCCAGCAGAGGGCGGCAAGUGGAUCAAGAAGAUGCUGGAGAGCGAGGGCUCCGGCACGCAGCAGCUGCUCCUCGGCCGAUUUUUGUGUUUUUUGGCGGAGGCGAUCGCAGAGGCGUCCGAAAAGACCCGUCGGCUUGGCUGGUGA